UCCAUAGAUUGCCGUAUUCUCUCGAGUAUUUAUGACCUGAUCGAGUGGAAUACCUCGUAUUCUAUAAGUAACCUCGCAAGUGGCAUCACCAUUCGGAUGAGCCGAUUCAAUUUUAAUAAUAUCAAUCGAAUGCAAGUUCGUGUUCACGUUGGCGUCUGUUAUCGCGUUCGGAGUUCCCACAUUUGCAGUUUAAAUUUUAAAUAAAUAUUAACAUCGACUUAUCCCAUGAAUCAUUUGUAGUGCUUAGUUUGGUGCUGGGUGAUUUUUGAAAAUGAAGUUAGAUUUUUUGGACUUUGUCUUAUUCUUAACCAGUAUAGUGUUAGUAGGAUCAAAUGUCGAGGGAAACGAACUUAAAUGUGGUUUGCGGCAACAAAUAUCCCGGUCGGAAACAGUUCCAACGAUCCUCAAUGGAAUAGAAACUACGGAAGGAAAAUGGCCUUGGCACGUUGCAAUAUUUCACUUGUUCCAAUAUGUCUGCGGUGGAACCAUUAUUUCCAAAACUUACAUUCUCACUGCAGCACAUUGUACUAUAAACCGUAAGGAGAGACUUCAGCAGAACGUGAACAAUAUUUUCGUUGAUGUCGGUACACAUGAUUUAUUCACAUUUUACAACAGACAGCGACAUUCCGUUAAAUCCGUUAACAUUUUAGCCAACUAUACGUGGCAAAGUCAUCAACACGAUAUCGCUAUUCUGGAGCUUAAUUCAGAAGUGAAGUUCAACCAAUAUGCCCAACCAGUGUGUGUGAGCCUGGAGCAAAAUCUAAUCAAUAAGGUUGGAACGGUGGUCGGAUGGGGCUUAACUGAAUUCGAUUCAGCAUCUAGUAUUUUGAGAGAAGCACAGUUACCGGUGGUAGAUACCAUUACCUGUCUGGAUAGUGAUCCUGAGGCUUUCGGUCCAUCGUUGAAGAAACAAAUGUUCUGCGCUGGCUAUACAAAUGGCACUGGCAUAUGCAAUGGUGACAGUGGCGGAGGGCUAUUUUUUGAAGACAACGGAGUCUGGUAUUUAGGAGGUAUCGUAGCGUUUACAAGAGCACGAGAUGAAAACAAAGCAAAGUGCUACACGAAAGGGUAUGGUGUUUUCACCAAGAUCCAUGACUAUCUAUCGUGGAUAAGAGAAAAUACCCAUCUGAAACAUCUCAUCGGUGAAGGAGAACCCAUCAACAGGAAGGUCUGCGUUGCAAGGAACGUAACUGCAACGAAUACGAACGGACGUAAACUUCCGCGGCAAUGUGGAGUCUACACUCCAAAUCGAGUGUACAGUGGCCAACCCACAAGAGUUUUCGAGUUCCCCUGGAUGGCGCUGUUGAUCCAUGCCAGUGGAUAUUGGCAAAGGGUUGGAACUCUUAUCAACAAUCGAUAUGUUCUAACAGGAGCGAUGCCUUUCAUACCUAGGGAUGUCGUAAGGGCAAGGCUGGGCGAACACAUGAUAGGUCAAACAAUUGACUGCAAUGCAGAUGAAGACUGCGCACCUCCAGUCCGGGACAUUGACAUCGAAUGCAUAACCCAUCAUCCACAAGCUAAUCGUCAGCGUUUAUCAAAUGAUAUUGCACUCGUCAGGUUGGCAAAAUAUGUUGAAUUUGAAGAUCACAUUCAGCCUAUUUGUCUCCCGGUAAGUCCUGUAUUGAGGAAAAUGCAGCUACCUAGAUAUGUUCUCACCGGAUGGGGUGCAACAGAGGAGGAGGAAGAAUCUCCGAUUUUGCGGAAAGGAUACAUUUCAAGACUUGGCAAGGCAGAAUGUCAAGUGCUUGCAAACAACAUAUCAACUAAAAAUAAAGAGACUCUUGUAAUCGAUAAACAGUUCUGCAGUAAAAGCGCAGAUGAUUCGGCUCCAUCACGUGGUGACAACGGAGCACCCGUAGGAUUUGUGGUUAAAUCUAACGGGAUACGUUUUGUUCAGUUCGGUAUCUUUUCAUUUCAUAUGUUUUAUUUUAAUGCAAGUGAGUAUCGCGAGCGAUUUGUAGUUAGCCUCCAUUUAGCCUCCAAAAAUAAUUUGCUGUUGUAG